AUGUUUAUUAUCCCCGGACUGGAGAAGGGGAGAUGGAAUAGAGUUUCGCAUGGCAAAAUAGUCGGAAGGAAAGAAGCGAAGCGCAGUUCAGUCAAAAGUCUUUUCGAAGCGAAGCGAAGUGAAGAAAAGAUUUGGGAGAGGAAGAGAAUGAGCUCAAAUCUGAGGUCGAAUGCAAAGAAUGGCAGAAGAAGUUCCAGGAAAGGCAGAAAACUAGGACUUGGGAAUCAAGGUGAGACCCGUGGCCGGGCCAGUUCUAUUAAUCGAUGGGUCGUCGGGUUCCAGAAGUCUCAUGUUCGGAACGUGUAUUUACCGUCACCGGCUCUCGCCCCUAUCUCUUUGCGGAUGUCGACUCUGAACUCAUGGUGGAGGAUGGGCUAUUAA